UUAAUCUAACAAACAAACACAUGGCGCCAAAAAGAAAUCAGGAUUUGAUCACUGUGCGACUUUCGGACGACUUUCCCUCGAAUUCUCACGACUUGAUCUUCAUGUCACCAUGGCGUCGGGUGCCUCAGGCCCCAGCAAUCCCCAAACACUGCUCCUGAAGCUGGUCAGGCAUAUGCUGGCAAAACCAAAAGAUGAAGAUGUUACUGCACAAUACCAGUAUGCCCUCCGAGUAAUUAGCAGCAAUUUUACCCCAUCAGUCGAAGGAGAUGAGUUUCAGGUGUCUCAGCGAAUUCAAAGAAAAUUGGCCAGACAAGGAAGAGAGGCUGAUGCUGCCCGAUUUGCAGAGCUCUGCAGGAAACUUCAGUCUCAGAAUUUGCUCCAGAAUCGAUGGGCCGUUAUGUACCUCCUCAUGUCACUUAGCAAUGACAAAAAAUCGGCAAGAAGUAGGGUGGCUGAAGGGGCAGCCAUAUUUGGUGGAGGGUUGCCCCGCAUGGCGACCUCCACGCCGUUUGAGUCAAGACCGAUGAGUCGUCAGCCAACGCCCCCUGACCACACCCUCAGCAUGAUGCAAGAGCGAUCACACAGCAGUGGAAUAGGAAGUACCCUGAGCAGUAUAUCUGGUCAUGGGCAGACUGUGUCGUUGACAAGUAACUUCAAUACUCCCAGAGACAUGUACACCCCAGCUGGUGACACACAGCCAGUCAGCGCACGCCUCGCCCGCAUGCUGAUUGGCGACAGCGCCAAGCAUCAGACCUACACGGUCCCACCAGCUCACCGUCAGGCCAGGAUGACCCCUGCAGUGACCUUUGCACUAAGUGCCAGAGAUGCAACAGAUAACACUGCCUCCGAGGUCCCCGAAGCCUCCCUGGUGAGGGAUCUGAUCUAUGUCUUUCAAGGGGUAGAUGGUCAGUACAUUCGAUACCAUCCAGCAGAAGAUGCAUUCUGUGUUGACCACCAGGCUGGUGUCUCCAAGCCAACCAGGGAUCUGGUCCACAAACUGGCCGAGCUAGGCUGGCUGUUCCUGAGGGUGCGGAAGUACAUCGACUCACGCAGCCGAGACAACGCCAUGGGCAUUGUGGGACAGAGUUUCUGUGCAGCCUUGCAGCAGGAGUUGACCGAGUACUAUCGCUUGUUGGCAGUACUGGAGGCUCAGCAACAACAGCAAGAGCAGGAUCCCGGGCUCAGUGAUCUGAACACCGACCUGACCUUGAUUAGGUUAAAGGUCUGGACCUAUGACCCCAUCCACAGGAUGAAGUAUCUUGCCAUUCUUGUUGACGGCUGCAAAGAUAAGAAAGGCGGGGCUCUGGCUUCGGCUGUUCACUCCUACACACUCCACGGCGACCCGUCAGUCAAGUGUGUCAUGAAGCACAUCUUGAAGCUGGUAGCCUUCCCGAUCAAGACCAUGCUGGACCGCUGGAUUGAGGACGGGGACUUGGAUGACAAGUUUCAUGAGUUCUUUGUUGCCUCGGACCCCCUGGUAAAAGAAGACCGACUUUGGCAUGACAAGUACUCCCUCCGGAAAUCCAUGAUCCCCUCCUUCAUAACCAUGGAACAGGCCAGAAAAAUUCUUCUGAUUGGCAAGUCCAUCAACUUCCUUCGUCAGGUUUGCCUUGACAACAGUCCCAUCAAGGGCAGAGGAGACAGUGAUUCAGUGACAAAGAAUAAAUACCAAGACACUGAGAUGCUCUUGGAGCAAGAUCUAGACGCCUCCUUCCAGCAGGUGAUUGACUCCGCUUACCGCGAUACCAGUAAGAGACUGCUCUACGUACUCUACACCAAUUUCAAGUUCCUCGAUCACCUCAAGGCAAUGAGGAGAUACUUACUGCUCGGUCAGGGAGACUUCAUCCAGCAUCUCAUGGAUCUGCUGGAGAGUGACUUGUCUAAACAGGCGAACCAACUCUACCUACACAAUCUGACAGGUAUGUUAGAGACUGCUGUUCGAGCUACCAACGCACAGUAUGAUGAUGCUGAGAUUCUCAACAGGGUGGAUGUGCGGCUUCUGGAGUUGUCCCAUGGGGAUACUGGCUGGGACGUGUUCAGCCUGGACUACCACGUAGACGGUCCCAUCAGCACCGUCUUCACGCCGCAGUGCAAGAUCCUGUACCUGCGUGUCUUCAACUUCCUCUGGCGGGCCAAGCGCAUGGAGUACGUACUGGCCCGGGUCUGGCGCGACACAACGGGCAGCACCCGCAAGCUGGAGGCCAUCACGGAGCUGGCGCCCAUUUUCCAUCAGUGUCACAUCUUGACGGCAGAGAUGGUCCACUUUGUCAACCAGAUGCAGUACUACAUCAACUUUGAGGUGAUGGCCUGCUCUUGGGAUGAACUCUGGAAGAAAGUGACGGAGGCGGAGGACAUGGACCACAUCAUUGCCGCCCACGAAGUCUUCCUGGAUGCCAUCAUCAAAGGCUCCCUGCUCGAUGAGGAGUCGCAGCCCUUACUGACCCAGCUGCGAGCAAUCUUUGACCUGAUCAUCCAGUACCAGGAAGUGCAGGAAUCCCUCUACAAUGAUAGCUGUGAGGAACUCAGGCAGAGAGGGGCCAACAAGCAGGCCAUCCAAGAAAGGACAGAACAGGGUGAGUGGGGACUGACAGCACAGGCUGAGCAGGACCAGAAGAGACGCCGGGCCAAAUUCCUUCGGGAGUUCAUUCCAACCAGCCGGGCCCAGCUGAAGGUCCUAAGGAAAUCUUUUCAGGAUAUGGUUCAACGCUUCCUGGUGAUGCUGACUGGUCACUCGGACGACAGCCUGCGACUCCUGGCGGUCAGGCUGGACUUCAACGAAGUUUACAAAGCUAAGGAGCCCAUGCUGCGAAGUCCCAUGGCCUACAACCGCACCAAGAAGGUCUUCUGAGUUCUCAGCUGUGGUGUCAGGUAGUUAAGACAAACGGUUGUGAUAGGUCUGCGCGAGUGGUGGUCUUGCAGGCAACUUGGCCAAAAGCAGUUUAAUCAAUCAAAUAGACUUUGAGUGCUAGCAAUUUUUCUGAAAGGCGUGCAAAUUAGAUGAUUAAUUUUAAACAUUAACAAACUCAGAGCCUUUAAUAACAAAAUGUCUGGUGAAAAAAAGAGCACCAUGUA